UGCUGCUGCAAAAAUGCUUCCAAAUCCAAUCCCCUUCCUGGCCCAGCCCUGCUGCCCUGGGGUUUCUGCUCAGAGCAGGGAGGGCUGUCCCUGCAGGGGAGUCUGUGUGUCCUGCACAUCACCAGCUGCAGCCCAGUGGCUCCCUGGAGAGAAUUCUGCUACGUAAUGAGCUCCCCCCAUUCCCAGAGCUGCUUUCCUGGGGCUCCCAGCGAGCAGGAGGUGGCAGAGGCUGAGCUUUCCCUCCCCAGGCAGAGCCUGCAGUGCUCCUGACAGGGCUGGGGACAUCCUCCUCCUCCUCAGGUGAUGGACUAGCAGGGAAACAGGCAGCAAAAUGAAGGUUAAUCACAGCCUGGCCAAGGCGCUCUACGACAACAAGGCCGAGUGCUCGGACGAGCUGGCGUUCCGCAGGGGCGACAUCCUGACGGUGCUGGAGCAGCAGGUGCCGGGCAGCCGGGGCUGGUGGCGCUGCUCGCUGCACGGCCGCCGCGGCCUGGCGCCCGCCAACCGCCUGCAGCUGCUGCUGCCCGCCCCGCAGCCGCAGCCCCACGGCAUCUACCAGGUGCCCCCCGCGCCCCGCGCCGCCCCGCCGGCCGACACCUACGAGAGGAUGGAGGGAUGGCUGCCGCCGGCCGGCCCGGCCCAGCCCGGCUACCGCGUGCCGGCCCUGGCGGCCCAGCUGCUCCGCGACAGGACCGAGCGCUCCACGCACCAGCACCUGUUUACCCUCCCAAGAGCCUGCCGGGCUUCAGCCCCAAACAUCAGGGGGGAGGUGUAUGAUGUCCCCUCCAUGCAGCACUGCAGGUCCCUGCUCUCCCAGAGUGGUGCCACUCCCCCCAGCACACGGAAGGGCUCCGUGCUGGGCAGAUCCACUGAGAGCUUCCAGGCAGAGCAGAAGCAGCUUUACAACAUCCCAUCCAAGCCAGAAAAGGCAGGAGCUGGCAGCCAGGACUCCCCAGCAGGCAAUUUAUAUGAUGUCCCUCCCAAAAGAGAACUCAAUGACUCAGAAAAUAAAUCUCAGAAGAAGUGCUGGGGCCAUUACAACACUCUGCCAAACCCUCGGAAGUCCGAAUGGAUUUACGAUAUCCCAGUAUCCCCUGAAAAUUCCGGAUUCAAAGCAAACCCUGCAGGCCAGUGUGUGGAGAAGCAGGUGCUGUAUGACAUUCCCCCAGCCAGGUUCAAGGCUGCAGCCACAAGCACUGAGGCCAAGGCUGGAAAUGCACAGUUGUACGAUGUCCCCCCAGCACAGCGGAAAUUAGAAACGCCCCUCUACGACAUCCCAUCCUCACGGGACCUGCUCCUCCUGCCACACAACAGCAGCUCUGAGGCACCCCCCGGCCUCCUGCCUGCCCAGGCUGGCAAUCACAUCUCUGAGCAGAACGUUUAUGACAUUCCCAAGGGUUUGCCCAGUGCUGGGCACUCCAAGAAGGAGAUGGAAAACAACAGUGAUGGCUUUGGAGACCAAGCACACGGUGCUUCUCCACAGCUCUCAGUGGAUGCCAGGCCAGAAAACAACAGUUUGUGUGUCUCCAGUGUGGACAGCAGAAGCAGCACUCUCUCCUCACCCUCCAGCUCUUCUGCUGAGUUGUUUUCUACGCUGUCACCAUCAGCAGAGCCUGCCCAAGAAAUCAAGCUGGAGCUGGAGGCAGCCAUCGAGACCCUGACCCGGCUGCAGCACGGCGUGUCCAGCUCCAUCGCCAGCUUGAUGAUCUUUGUCAGCAGCAAGUGGAGAUUGCAGGAGCACCUGGAGAAAAGCCUGGAGGAGAUCCACAGAGCAGUGGACCACAUAAAGGUGUCCAUGGGAGAGUUCCUGGCCUUCGCUCAAGCCCUGAAGGGAAACGCCUCCAACCUCACGGAUAACAACCUGCAGGCCAGACUUAAAAAGCAGCUGGAAAUCCUCGUGAACUCCUACAAAAUAUUGACAGAAACGAGGGAAGCUCUCAACAGCUGCAGCUGGUCCCUGGAGGCUUUGGUGCUGAAGAAGCCCCAGAACAACCCUGACGACCUGGAUCGCUUCGUGAUGGUGGCCAGGACGAUUCCAGACGACAUCAAGAGGUUUGUGUCCAUCAUCAUCGCCAACGGGAAGCUGCUCUUCAGGAAGAACGAGAAGGAGCAAGAAAGGAAGCAGCCAAAAGUGAACCUGGAAUGCAAAAUGGCAAAACAAAUCCCAGUGCCAAGAAGAGUAGAAAUUGAGUCACUCCAGAGAAAAGCUCCUGAGAAAUCCGGCCAGAGCCGGGUCCCUGUGGAGAAAGCAGAAGAAAAUUCCAGUGAGGAUUGUGAUUAUGUCCAGUUACAGGUUUUGCCAUGUGCAAAAAAGACUGAAAAUGCCAGCAGGCAGGAGCCUGCCAGGAAACCCCCCCUCCCCGAGCACUGCAGGCUGUGCUUCGCCGCCCUGCACAAAGCCAUCGGCGUCUUCUCCGCCAGCCUCAGCAGCCAGCAGCCCCCCGAGAUCUUCAUCUCCCACAGCAAACUCAUCAUCAUGGUGGGGCAGAAGCUGGUGGAUUCUCUGUGCCAGGAAAGCCAGGAGAGGGAGGCCAGGAGCGACAUCCUGCAGAGCAGCAGCCGCUUCUGCAGCCUCCUCAAGGGCCUGGCGCUGGCCACCAAGAGCGCAGCGCUGCAGUUCCCCAACGCCGAGGCCACCAGGGAGCUGAGGGAGCAGGCAGAGCAGCUGGCCCAGUACAGCCAGCAGUUCAGAGCCUCCAUGGACUGA